AUGAUCGCUAUUGGUUCUGCUUGCAAAUCGUCUUACUCUCGGUUUGAUUGGAAGUCACUGAAACAGCAGGUGGCAAGAAACAGCAUUAUUGCAGAGGAUUCCUACGCUAGGGGAGAGAGCUAUGUAUGGGUUCCUCUUUUGGGUCUUGUCUUUGGUGUCGAACCCUCUCUAAAGGGAUCUAUCGUAGUGUUUGCUUUGGAUUGGAAGCAUUGUCUUGGUUUUCUCGGAGGAGAUGAAAGUAAAAAUAUUACGGCCCAAAAAGAGUGGCAUGCUGUUGCAUCAUGGACUUGGAAUGCUCAAGAUGAAACCUGUGGGAUUUGUAGGAUGGCCUUUGAUGGUUGCUGCCCUGAUUGCAAACUCCCUGGGGAUGAUUGCCCAUUGAUUUGGGGUGCCUGCAACCAUGCUUUCCAUCUUCAUUGCAUCUUAAAAUGGGUGAAUUCACAGACCUCUCAGGCUCAUUGCCCCAUGUGCCGCAGAGAAUGGCAAUUCAAGGGGUAACAGGACAUUUGGAUCACUCUUGACUAGUUAUUAUGAAACUUUUUUCCAGUGCAUAAUAUGAUUGAGAACUGCAGUAGAAUGUAUGUUUCUCAAGUUUUAUCGAGUCUCGGCUUUCUCCCGUGUUACCAUAUGAAACGUGCAGUGGUGUUGGAGUUUCGUCCUACCAGGUUUAGAUGAUAUGCCAUUAAAUCUUUGUUUCCUUUCUGUCAAAUGGCUGUUAUAGUGAACUGGAAAUGGUUUGUAUUUUGUGUGGUAUUCAUAUCUAUAUGAGCAAAACACACGAGGAAAGAAAAUUGUCAAGUUUUUCUCGUAAGAAAUUGUAAUAA